CUAAUUGUAAUGGAAAACAUUAAGCAUCAUCUCAUCUUCAUUAACUGACUCAACCAACUACCAGCUAGUGAGAGAAACGGAGAGUAGUGAAGAGAGAGAAAAUGUCCGGAGCAAGGAAGACGGUGUGUGUCACCGGAGCUUCCGGUUACAUCGCUUCAUGGCUAGUCAAUCUCCUUCUUCAGCGCGGUUACACCGUCAAUGCCACCGUUCGUGAUCUCAAUGAUCCAAAGAAAGUUGAGCACUUGCGUUCUCUAGAUGGAGCUAAGGAUCGGCUUCACUUGUUUACUGCAAACCUAUUGGAGGAGGGAUCUUUUGAUGCUGCUGUGGAGGGGUGCGAAGGUGUUUUUCACACUGCUUCUCCCUUCUACCAUGAUGUUAAAGACCCAGAGGUUGAAUUGCUUGAUCCUGCUUUGAAGGGAACACUUAAUGUUCUCAAUGCCUGUGCAAAAGUCCCAUCAAUAAAAAGAGUGGUGCUGACAUCUUCAAUUGCAGCAGUUGCAUACAAUGGAAAACCUCGAACUCCGGAAGUGGUUGUUGAUGAAACCUGGUUUUCUGAUCCAAAUCUCUGUAGGGAAACAAAGAUGUGGUAUAUGCUCUCUAAAACUCUGGCCGAGGAAGCUGCAUGGAAGUUUGUGAAAGAGAAGGGUAUUGAUAUGGUUACGAUAAAUCCAGCAAUGGUUAUUGGACCAUUGUUGCAGCCAACACUCAACACAAGUGCAGCUGCAAUAGGGAGCUUAUUCACUGGGUCAGAAACUUUUAAAAACAUGGCACCCGGUUGGGUUAAUGUUAAAGAUGUUGCCAUGGCACAUAUCCUGGCACUUGAGGUCCCUUCUGCUAAAGGGAGGUACUGUUUAGUUGAAAGGGUCGCCCAUUAUUCAGAUCUUGUGAAGGAGUUAAAAGAGCUUUACCCGAAUGCCGCACUCCCUGAAAAGUGUGUAGAUGACAAACCUUUGGCACCAGUUUACCAGGUCUCUAAAGAGAAAACUCAAAGUUUGGGCAUCGACUAUAUUCCUCUUAAAACGAGCCUCAAGGAGACUAUGGAUGAAACUGCAAAAGGAAGAGGGAAGAAGGUGUGUGUAACAGGAGCAUCUGGUUACAUAGCUUCAUGGCUUGUCAAAUUCUUGCUUGAACGUGGUUAUACCGUAAACGCUACUGUUCGUGACCCAAAUGAUCCAAAGAAAACAGAGCAUUUACUGGGAAUGGAGGGAGCAAAGGAAAGAUUACACUUAUUCAAAGCAAAUCUAAUGGAAGAGGGCUCAUUUGAUUCAGCCAUUGCUGGAUGUGAAGGUGUUUUCCACACUGCCUCCCCAGUUGUUUUCAAGCCCAAAGAUCCUCAGGCUGAUGUACUUGAUCCUGCUGUCAACGGAACACUCAGUGUUCUUGCCUCUUGUAAGAAGUUUCCAACCGUAAGACGGGUGAUUUUGACUUCUUCUACUGCUACAAGCAUGUUUACUAGUCGAACCCUAGCUCCUGAUGUGGUGGUUGACGAAACUUGGUUUUCUGAUCCUGAAUUAUGCAAGGGUUCUGAUAUGAUGUAUUACGUGCUCUCAAAAGUAUUAGCCGAGGAAGCUGCCUGGAAAUUUGUCAAAGAGAAUGAUAUUGACAUGGUUUCGAUCAACCCUUCCAUGGUCAUAGGCCCUGUGUUGCAGCCAACUAUUAAUGAUAGUGUAGCUUCAAUCUUGAACUUGAUUAACGGGUCCGAAUCUUAUCCAGACUUAGUUUGUCCAUGGGUACAUGUUAAAGAUGUCGUGGAAGCUCAUAUACGUGCAUUUGAGAUACCUUCAGCUACGGGACGAUAUAUUUUAAGCGAAAGGGUGUUACAUUUUUCAGAGGUUAAGAAGAUAUUGCAUGAGCUUUACCCCUCUCUGAAGCUCCCUGAUAAAUGUGUGGACGUUGGGCCUCUACCAAAAACAAUCUAUCAAGUUUCGAACUCUAAGGUUAAAAAAAGCUUAGGCAUCGAGUACAUUCCCUUCGAAGUAAGCCUUAAAGAAACUGUGGAAAGCCUGAAGCAGAGGAAAUUCGUAUAAGUUUUUUUUUUCCUUCUGUUGAAAUUUGUACAGUUCUGUUUGACUUAAAUGACGUCGACUUAUAAUAACUUAUUCAUAACAUGGAAAUAUAUGAUUCAGUUUUCCUA